CUGUGGGAAACAGGCGGGAGGGCGGGACGGGGAACCGGGACAGGCUCCGGUACUGGCGGUGCCGUUCCCGUGCCCCCCGCGCCCCGGCCCGGCUCCUCGGAGCGCUCGCUGGCUGUGUUCUUUAACUGUAUUUUGGAUGGGAAUUUCUUUUACUUCAUUGCCAUCUGUAGAAACUGAUGAAUAUUUUAGUCCUAAGGCCCCAUAUGUCACCAGAUGUCCUUCUUCCUGACUGAGAUGUUUCUGUGGUCUUUGAAGACCAACUUACGUAUUAGAGAUGAGACAUUGGGAUCCACCAGUACUCUGACAAGAAAGAACCAGCAUCACAGAUGAAGCACAGUUACUUAGAAGAGAAGCAAAAGCUAGCAGAAUCCCGAGACUAUCCUUGGAUCCUGAAAAGCAAGAGAGCAGACAAACUGCGAGAUGCACUCAAGGAGGUGGAGGACUUAAUGCAAAACACUCCAUGUGUGCUGAGCAAAUGGAAGAACAAACAUACCUGUCAGCUCCUCUUUCACUCAGGUGUCUUGGUGUCCCUAAGCCUUUCUGGGCCACAGCUGGAGAAAGUGGUGAUUGACAGGACCCUGGUGGGGAAGCUCAUCUCCAACACCAUCAGUGAUGCUGUUCUUACAGACAAUUUCAAUUUGUCAUUUGAGGAUCAUAACCAGCUCUGCUUUAUUCAGUACAAGAAGAUGGAUUCUCUCGAUGUAAACAAAAGACUGGAAAAACUCUCUUGUUUGGACUUUAAGAUUUCUUAUGUUGAUAUACUUGGACCAGAAGGUAGAAGGAUGAAACGUCACCUGGCAAUAAACUGUAUGCAAGAUAUGGUCAUUUGCUGGUGGUCAGCAACUAGUGAUGGAGCAUGGCCUUGGUCUCCUAUUUCCUGUGAGAGGGACAGAGCCAACCUAUUGCUAUUAGGCUGUGCACAUGGCAAAUUGGAGGUUCUGAGUUUUGUCCGCACAGAAUGGGAUCCCCUCCAUGCCAGCUUCAGCACUCACCAGCCUUACCAGGUGCACACAGUGGAGCACUCGGUGUCAGCAGCCAAGGAGCUGGCCGACAGCUGCGUCUACAAGUGUCUCAGGAACAAAAUCCAGUGUGCAGCCAUCACCAGGAUACCGCUGCGAUCCAGGGCCAUCAGCUGCUGCAGGGAUGUUACAGAAGACAAACUAGUCCUGGGCUGUGAAGACUUAAUUCUGUAUGAAGCCUACAACCAAGUAACUCUGUUAGCCCAGGCAGAACUGCUGCCUACUGUGGUGACCUACCACCCCGCCGGGGCCGUAUUCGUGGUCGGCAGCUCUCAAGGGGAGCUGCAACUUUUUGACACAGCACUGUCCCCCGUUAAAAUUCAGCUCUUGGCACAAGACUAUUCACCUGAGGCAACUUUGCAAUGCAGUAAACACUUUGAGGUGCCUAGCAGCCUCAUCCAGAUCCAGUGGGCUGCCCCUCCAGUUGCGUGUGUCAGCCCUGACAGCACUGAUAUUCAUGAUCUUUUGUUGGUUAGAUUUGACAAAGGACCCUUGGGAGUACUUCACUUUAAACUUGGUGUGAUCACAAGAGGACAACUGGGCCUUGUGGAAAUUAUCCACCAGUACAUUCGUUAUGAUGAGAUACAUGAGGCAAUUAAUGUCCUGAACACCAUGAACUGGAACACAAUGGGUCAUCAGUGCUAUAUCUGCUUGAGUGCCAUUUGCAACCACCUUCUUAAGCAAAAGCUUACACCAGACAGGGAAGCACAGCUUGAGGCAAGCCUUGGAACCUUUUAUGCACCAACAAGACCCCUCUUGGAUACAACUGUGCUGGAGUACAGGGACCCAAUCAGCAGAUACGCAAGAAGGUUCUUCCACCACCUGCUCAGGUAUCAAAGGUUUGAAAAAGCGUUUUUGCUUGCCGUCGACAUAGGGGCUCGGGACCUGUUUAUGGACAUCCAUUACCUUGCACUAGAUAAGGGUGAAUUGGCACUAGCUGAAGUGGCAAAGAGAAAGGCUAAUGACAUUGAUACAGAAUCAAUAACUACUGGAAUUGCAGAACUUCUGGGGCAGUCAGAUGAAGAAGACCCAUCCUGUGAAGCUUUUGAUCAGUCUUUGGAGCCAGGAGGAGGGUUCAAGCCACCUGCUCCAGGCCCUGCCACCAGACCACCAGCACAGAGCUGUUCCCACAGACCCACAAGUUGCAGACAGGCAGAGGACACUGAGCCUGGAACAGGUGGCCACACCACCUCCCUGAUCACAAAACCCUUUCCCAGCAGCCAGGAAGGAAAUAUGAGAGCCAUUCCUUCGGAGCAGGUGACCAGAGACAGCGGGUCUCUCCAAAUUGUGCACUUUGGUCUGGUGUGAUUGAGCUCCCACAGCAAAGAAGAGGAAGCCUCACCGAGGUGGUGAAGUUCACGGGAAGUCCUUCAGCAAACUUCCAGCCAGCCCUGGAUCUGACCACUAGCAGAUGACAAGACAACAGGCUUAGAAAAUAUCCUGCCCUUAGACCUCCAAAUUAUUUCUAAGUUCACAUGAACAUGUCCAUGCACAAAGUACCUUGUGUGUGCUUGUGGAGGGCAACUUGGUGACGUUUUCAUCAUGUCAUUUAAAGACAUCAAAAAAGGGAGUAAUUGCAGAUACUCAUUUACUGUACAAACUCAAUGCUGAAAAAUUUUUGGGGGCCUUUCUUGGAUGAAUCCAUAAGCUUUUCAGGAGGAAGUCUGUAAUUCUCUAUGCAUUAUAUGUUUUUACAAUCUUCACUUGGAAGCAGAUUUGAAUUUCCACUUAAGGCUCUGAAAACCGUCCUAUUGAGAUACCAGCAGAUAAAAUCUUCACUCAGGAUACCUCUGUGAAAGAGCAGCCUUUCACAGUUGGCAGCAUUUUUCAAAGAAUGCUCUCCAUUUUCAUAUCUAGAUAUAUCAUCUUAGUAGAAUAACCAUUAUUUUGCCUUGAAAAAAAGAUGCGGAGCCUCUUAAACAUCAUUCCAUUGGAGUCCAGAUUUUAAUCUCCCUCCUCUAACCACAAAGAAAAAAUGCACUGAGAAGGUAACGUAACCUGUUCCAGCCCUCUGUUUUUUCCUGGCAGUGAAGAGAGGGAUGAGCAUCAUCGCGGGUCUGUCUUCCCACCAUUUGAUCGAGCGCAGAGUAUAUGGACACAGGUUUUUUGUACUCACCCGUAGGCACAUGUGUGGAUUAAGACUGAGCUUUUUUGGGGAGCAUUGGGUGGUUGCAACCUAGAGCCAGUGAGCUUCUUCAAAUUGGUUUUAUAUGGUGAACAAGCCUGUAUGAUGGACUGAAAAUAAAAGCAAAAUGUAAAAAAAAAAAAAAAUCCACAAGCCAUUAGAAGUAUUUUAUUAACCAAAAGUCUGUAUUUACCCAAAUAAAAUACUUGGGCUUGCUGUCACCAGCCAUUUCCCCCCCAUGGGGCAAAAUUCUACUGCCUGAUGGGUGAUUUUGGUUGCACCAUUUUGGCACUUCAGCCGAGUCAGCACCUUUCCAUGAGUGUAUUCAAAGGAUUCAAAGACAUUUUGGGUUGUGGUUUGAAGGGAGCAAAGGGGCUGCAAUCCGUAGGAUUCUGUACACCCAACAGGGAAAAAUAAAUAAGGAGAGCUUUGAAACAGAGCAGGCUGCUGCAUCACCUCCCCACACAGAGCCAUAAUGGCAAUGGCCAUUGUAAAAGAAGAUGCCUUUAAUGUCCCAUAAAUUUAAUUUCUGAAGGACACACAAGCACAGCAAUGGACCACGAUGACGGAGGGCUUGUUCUGCGUAAGAGGCUAUGACACAUUGCCUUGCCAUACAGCUAUUUUGCUGAAUUGCAGCCAUAUUUCUGUCAGUACAAGUGAUGGUCUAUAUGAGGGAUUAAUCUGACACCAGACAGUGAUUCUUAAUCCUUCAGUAUAUCAUAAUCUAUUUACUUUGCAUGCUAAGAGGAUUUCAGCUUAAAAAUAUAGAGGAAGUGAUACUAGAAAUGUACAUAAGGUCCAGAAUGCUGUUUCCUAAAAUUGCAGUUUUUCAUUUAAAAAAAAAAAAAUCCUCUCAUGGCUUUCUUGGAAAAGUCCUGUAUGUUCUGGAAAAAAAAGAAGUGUUGAAUAGGGAUUUAACUGGAAAUAGGUGUAUGUUUUCAUUUAGGCUUCAGCCCUGUGACCAUUUUCACCCUCCUCCUUCCCCACAGUAUUCUGUGCUCCACUGUACGACAUGAAA